GAGUGUGGCGCGGGCUCGCGCGCGGUUGAGAGUUUUGUCCUUCACUCAGGAAUUUUUCAUGGCUGAAAGAAACAAAAAAUAACUCAUAAAUUAUCAAUGGCAGAGUCAUAACACGGUAAACACCGCGAAACGCGCUUUCUUUAAGCUCACAGUCAUGGCGAAUGUCAAACAGAAGCUUUUAUUCAGGAAUAAAGAAGUUUCCACCGUUAGCAGCUCUGACGGGACGCUCAGUUUGGAGAAAUCUGGAAAACCAAACCGACCGCAGGAAAAGGUAAAUGGAGUAAAAAACAAAGGCCAGGGCCCAGGAAAAUCUCUAAAUGAUUCACUUGAAGGAGACCUCAGAGACUUCCUCAUCAAUGAAGCUGAGCUUCACACAUACGAUGACCUCACCAAAGUCAACCCGGUUACACCUUCUACAGUGCUGAAAUGUCUGCAGGCCAGGUACAGCGCAAAGGUUUUCUACACACACGCUGGCUGCACGCUGGUCGCCCUCAACCCCUUCCAGCCCAUUCCUCACCUGUACUCUCUGGAUGUGAUGAGGGAAUAUCACUCUGCCCCACAGCCUCAGGAGUUUAAGCCACACAUCUUCAUCGUAGCAGAGGAGGCGUAUAGGAAUGUGCAGGGCCAGGUGGAGCCCAUGAACCAAUCACUGGUCGUCUCUGGAGAGAGCGGAGCUGGGAAGACAUGGACGUCGCGCUGUCUGAUGAAAUAUUAUGCCACUGUGGCCACUUCUUCUCAGAAGUGCCAGGACACUGUAGAGAAAAUAGAAAGACGAGUACUGGACUCCAACCCUGUCAUGGAGGCUUUCGGGAAUGCAUGCACAUUACGCAACAACAACAGCAGUCGCUUCGGAAAAUACAUUCAGCUUCAGCUCAACAGUUCUCAGUUGCUGGUUGGAGCGUCGGUGCAGACGUAUCUUUUGGAGAAGACCAGAGUGGCUUUCCAAGCACCAAAUGAGAGAAAUUUCCACAUAUUCUACCAGAUGAUGAAGGGAGCCACAGAGAAACAGAGGCUGGAAUGGAUGCUGCCUUUGGGGCAAGACUUUGCUUGGCUGCCACAUGCAGAGAAAUCCUUAGAAGAAGACCGUUUGCAAGAGACGGUGGAAGCCAUGAUCAGCCUUGGCAUUGAUGAAGGGAAACAGGCACAGAUAUUUAAGAUUCUUGCAGGUCUUCUGCAGUUAGGGAACGUAUACUUCAGUCCCGCACCAGAAGAGGCUCAGCCAUGUGAUCUCAAUGGACAAUCCAAAGGCUUUCUGCAGAAAACGGCGGAUCUGCUGCAGGUUUCUUUAGAUGAGCUGCAGUCGUGUCUUACAGUGAGAACUCUGCGUGCCGGCAAACAAAACAUCCUCAAACCUUGCUCUCAGUCCGAGUGUGGCGUCCGCAGAGACUGUCUUGCUAAAGUCAUUUAUGCACAGUUAUUUGACUGGUUAGUCACUUUUAUCAACAACAGCAUGUCUGCAGACAAUUCCAUGUGGUGCAACUUUAUUGGUCUGCUGGAUGUGUAUGGUUUUGAAUGCUUCCUCCUGAACAACCUGGAGCAGCUGUGUAUUAAUUACGCUAACGAGAAGCUGCAGCAGCACUUCGUGGCUCAUUAUCUGAAGGCCCAGCAGGAGGAGUAUGUGAGCGAGGGGCUGCAGUGGUCUUUCAUCCGUUACCAAGACAACCAAGGCUGCCUGGACCUGAUUGAAGGCAGUCCCUCCAGCAUCAUCUCUCUGCUCAAUGAGGAGUGUCGACUGAACAGAGCAUCGGAUGCGAAGAAGUUUCGUGUGCGCCUGGAGAAGGAGCUGUCAGAUAAUGCCAACAUCAGCUGGGACAAAUUCAGCAAAGAGCCCCAUUUCACUGUGGCCCACUACGCUGGCAGAGUCAGCUACCAGAUCGAGGGCAUGAUGGAGAAGAACAAGGACCCAGUUCCCCCUGAACUCAUCUGUCUCCUGCAAAAGUCCCAGGAUUCUCUGCUGAACAGUCUUUUUACUGAUGGUGACCGUGAGAGCGAAGGAUCUCGGGGACACAGUAAAGUAGUCACUGUUGUGUCCAAAUUUAAGAAUUCUUUGGAAAGCCUGAUGAAGAUUUUGCACAGCACCACUCCACACUACACGCGCUGCAUUAAACCAAACCCUGACUGCAGACCGCUCACUUUCCAAAAGGAAGAGGUUAUCGCUCAGCUUGAAGCCUGUGGGAUUGUGGAGACCAUAAACAUCAGUGCAGCGGGAUUUCCCAUCAGGAUCCCAUAUCACAGCUUUUUCCAAAGAUACGGGCUGAUUGCAAACAACAGACUAGCAGCAAAAAAGAAAAGCCCUGAGCUGAGCAAUCAGGCUGUUCUGGGAUCAGCUGUAGAGGAUGUGCUCAGUGUGGUCCUCAAGAGACGUUGCCCAAACUCCACCUUCAGCCCUGAUGACAACAACAACAUGGUGCAUUGUGGGAGGACUAAAGUCUUCCUCACGCACUCCCUGUUGGAGAUACUGGAGGAGCACAGGAACAGGGUGCGCUCACAGAAAGCGUUCAGUAUCCAGUGCUGUUGGCGAAGGCAUCAACAACGCCAGCGUUUCCGAAGGACACAAGCAGCCACACGCAUACAAGCAGGCGUGAGAUCCUGGAGGGUCAGAAGAGAGAUUAAGAAGUGGCAUAAAGCUGCAUCAGUCAUCCAAACCAAGUGGAGGCGCUGGAGAGCCUGGAUGGAUGCACUAGCGGAGGCAGAGCUGGACGACGCAGAGGAUUUAGUAGAAGAAGAAGCAGCUGAAGCAUCAGUGAUGCCGAAUCUGCUGAAGGAACGAGGCUCGGUCCAGCUGAGCAGCGUCCCGGAGCCGGUGCCUGUCAGAGGAUGGCCUGUUGGUCUGGCCAUGGCCUCCGCUCCCUCCAUCACUGUGUCUCUGACCGCCUCAGGCUUCCAGAGGAUCAUGUCCAUCAUGACCUGCAUCAACAUCCCAUUCAGACACGGCCAGUAUAAAGUGGAAACCAACCAGUUUGACCAGGGAGUGGCGUCUAUCCGAGCUCAGCCACGAGGCUCCAUUAAGAUGCAUCUUCAGAGAUCUCCACUGCUGUACGCAGACAUGCAUCCAGCGCACAAGGCUGAAGUGGUGACCGGAUUCAACCAGAUCCUGCUGGAGAGAGACUGACCUGAGCUUUAAUGCAAGCAAUGCACCUUUGAAAAACACUACACUACACGUUAUAUAGCUGCCUUAUUUAUAGUGCAAUUCUGUAUUUAGUUCUGUUGCAUUUACUCUCUCAGGUUUCAGCAUACAGUGCCUUUUAUUUCCGCUGCUUGUUCAAUCGCAAUAUACUGUAGAGCAUUUUAUAAUUACUUUAUAAUACUGAGUCUCUAUUUUAUACAGACACAUCUGUAAAUGAGCAGUUUUCUGUAUUUUGUGAUUCAUGUCAUUACUUUUCCCAUUUAUUUCUGCUUUUGAAUUGCAUUAUGGGAGCUCGAUCUUUCUUCUGGCAACUUUUAACUUUGACAAACUUUAAAAAAAAGUGACUUUUAUGAACAUUUCUAAUGGUUUAAAGUGAUAUAUUGUGUGGGUUGGUGUUGUAUAUUACACUACAGAAACCUUGUAAUAAACUGCAGCACAUUUUCUGUUAUUCUACACACUUAUUUCUCUAGAUAUUAUUUAUUAGACAUUAUAUUAUUUCUGCUAAAAUGUCAAUAAAAGUCACUUUGUUAAACUGUAGAGUUGAAUUUUCAACAUCAGAAGUCGACAGAGCAGAGAUCAACAUCCCAUAAUGCAACUCACCACCAUAAAUAAACCACAAACACUUGUGAAUCACAAAAUACAGAAGCUGUUUUACAGUGUAGCUUGAUUUAAAAGCUUGAUAGUCAUAUUGCUGCUGAGAUAUCCUAAAACUGGGUAUUUCCAAAACAUUUACUAUACUAUUUAAUACUACACAAACUGAUCAAAGCACAGACUUUAAACUAUAUUAAGUUAUAAUGAGAAGUGAGGGCAAUAAUGGAUUAUAUGAUAUUGAUUGAAUGUUUUGUAUACUUUUUUACUCUAUUAAUUGCACAGUGGUGAAAUACUGGGAAAUGCACAGGUUUCUGCAUUGCUGUUGAGGCUCUUACCAAAGCAAACUGGAUUAUGGUACUGAUGCCAUGUUUAUCUGUAGCUAUUCAGUUUUGCCAGAUCGCUCUUUGCUGUUUAAGAGCAAAAUGUACUCUGUAGAUGCCAAGUUUGAGCCCAAAGCUCAACAUUUCUCCCUAAAUCAACACACUAUAUAGUAAAAUACUGGGAAACACACAGGUUUCUGCAUUGCCGCUGGGGCUCUUACCAAAGCAAACUGGAUUAAGGUACUGAUGCCAUGUUUAUCUGUAGCUAUUCAGUUUUGCCAAAUCUCUCUUUGCUGUUUAAAAGAAAAAUGUACUCUGUAGAUGCCAAGUUUGAGCCCAAAGCUCAACAUUUCUCUUUAAAUCAACACACUAUAUGGUAAAAUACUGGGAAACGCACAGGUUUCUGCAUUCGGCUCUUUCCAAAGUAAACUGGAUUAAGGUACCGAUGCCAUGUUUAUCUGUAGCUAUUUCUUUUUACCAGAUCUCUCUUUGCUGUUUAAGAGCAAAAUGUACUCUGUAGAUGCCUAGUUUGGGCCCGAAGCUCAACAUUUCUCCCUAAAUCAACACACUAUAUGGUAAAAUACUGGGAUAUGCACUGGUUUCUGCAUUGCCAUUGAGGCUCUUACUGAUUAAUGUACUGUUGCCAUGUAAAUAUUCAGUUUUGUCAGAUCGCUCUUUGCUGCUUAACAGCAAAAUGUACUUUGUAGGUACCAAGUUUAAGCACAAAGCACAACAUUUCUCCAUAAAUCAACUCACUAUAUGGUAAAAUACUGGGAAACGCACAGGUUUCUGCAUUGCCGCUGGGGCUCUUACCAAAGCAAACUGGAUUAAGGUACUGAUGCCAUGUUUAUUCGUAGCUAUUCAGUUUUGCCAGACCAUUCUUUGCUGUUUAAGAGCAAAAUGUACUCUGUAGAUGCCAAGUUUGAGCCCAAAGCUCAACAUUUCUCCCUAAAUCAACUCACUAUAUGGUAAAAUACUGGGGAACACACAGGUUUCUGCAUUGCCAUUGAGGCUCUUACCAAAGUAAACUGGAUUAAUGUACUGUUUGCAUGUGUUGCUAUUCCUUUUUGCCAGAUCUCUCUUUGCUGUUAAGAGCAAAAUGUACUCUGUAGAUGCCAAGUUUAAACACAUUUAAACAUUUAAUUGCAUGUGCACUAUAUGUAUAAAAGAUAAGAUGAGCUCUUCUGUGAAAUGUUUGUUCUUCUUAGAGGCAUUUUACAUGGUUUAAUGGGGGAAAAACACUUUUUAAACUGAUUUAUUUCCUCUUUGCCAUGAUGACAGCACAUAAUAUCUGGCUAAAUAUAUUUCAAGAUACUCGUAUUCAGCUUAAAGUGACAUUUAAGGGCUUAACUAGGUUAAUUAGGGUAAAGUUAGGGUAAUUAGGCAAGUCGCUGUUUAACAGUGGUCUGUUCUGGAGACAACCCAAAACAAAUAUAGCUUAAGGGGGUUAAUAAUAUUGACCUUAAAAUGGCUUUAACAAAAUUUAAAACUGCUUUUAUUCUAGCCGAAAUAAAACGAAUAAGACUUUCUCCAGAAGAAAAAAUAUGAUCAGAAAUACUGUGAAAAAUUCCUUGCUCUGUUAAACAUCAUUUGGUAAAUAUUACAAAAAGAAGAACAAAUCAGAGGAGGGUGAAUAAUUUUGACUUCAACAUUAUGACCAAAACAUGUCUUUAUUUAUAAUCUCAGGGUAUUAAUGAAAGCAACAUGCGAUAAUAAAACUGGUCUUCAUUUGGAUUGGCUCAGUCAAACAUUGGAUAUUGUCUGAUAAUGCAAAUAAAGGAUUUAACAGA